AGGGAGAAGGCUUUGAGAGCUUCUCAAUCUCCACAAUUUGCAAAGUGAAUUCUACUAUAAGUCUGUUGACCCAACGAACAAUAUUCCUAUGGGUCCACAAGAUAAAACUAACCAUUACUCUCUUUUAGCCUCUCUUAUUCUUUCUAGUUUCUAGAGUAAACCUCGAGUCCCGGGGUCUUAUCAGAAUCUCUUAGAAGUCUCUGUUGCAGUCUUGCAGAACUUCAUGUUAUGCAUGAGGUUAAGGAGAAAACCAUGGUACAUCUGGAUAGAACUAUGGGAAUACUAAUUCGUGCGAGGAAUGGAUGAGGCUAGUCGGCAAUGCCUCAUCAACAAAAUUUUCUAUUACGGCGAAGUCCAUGAUCGUACCUAAGGUUUCUCCUAAAUUGGGUCUUUUGGGCUGAUGGCUUUGUAAUAGGUUAUAAUUCCAACCUCGUGUUUGGAUUGAUUUCGUUUGUAAGUCCUAUUACAUAUUCUUCCCAUCGUUAUCAACCUAGGAAACAGCCAACAUUCCCAUCGAAAUUACCAUCAAACUAACUUAAUAAUUUGAAUUUAGAGAAGCAAGAUAAAUGGUGGAUAAUAUGAAGGGAAAAAGAAAAGAAAAAGUGUUACUGUUAGUGUCCACUAUUUCUCCUUCCUUACAAUCAACUUCGAAGUCGGACGGCUUUCUUCUUGGAGGUUCCAUGUCCUUCUGAAUUGGCAGCGUUACGGUGGUUGCUGCUCUUCCAACUAUGGACCUCAUCGACUCGAUGGACCACGCAACUCCGCUGCUUACCGACAUGGUUGACGGUGCCGUUGAUUAUAAAGGUCAACCUCUCCUCAGAUCCUCCUCCGCCACUUGGAGAUCCGCAUCUUUCAUCAUAGGGAUGGAGGUUGCUGAGAGAUUUUCUUUCUACGGAAUUGGCGCCAACCUCAUAACCUACUUGACAGGCCCACUUGGCAUUUCCGUCGUUGCGGCCGCCGAGAUUGUCAAUGUUUGGGCUGCCACCUCCAUGCUCCUCACUCUCUUUGGAGCAUUUCUUGCUGAUUCCUUCUUCGGACGAUACCGUACUAUUGUUUUUGCAUCUAUUUCAUACAUCUUGGGACUGGGGUUGUUGGUUCUGUCUACGCUACUUCCUACUCCAAGCUCCUCCAUCUGCGCAAUCCUCAAUAAAUUCACACCCUGUUCCUCUCCCAAGCUUCACCUCAUUUUAUUCUUCUUAUCUCUGUGUCUAAUUGGAAUAGCACAGGGUGGGCACAGGCCCUGCGUCCAGGCUUUUGGAGCCGAUCAGUUUGAUCCCCAAAAUCCCCAAGAGGCCAAAUUCAAGAGCUCCUUCUUCAACUGGUGGUAUUUUGGUGCGUGCUUUGGAAUCGUAGCAGCCAUUCCGACUGUAUCAUAUGCGCAGGAAAAUCUUAGUUGGGCUGUGGGAUUUGGAAUUCCUUGUGUUUCAAUGCUCACUGGUUUCAUUCUUUUUCUACUUGGGACCGAGACUUAUCGAUUUAAUACCCUGAAGCAAUCGGAUAAGAGCCCGUUUUGGAGAAUUGGUCGGGUGUUUCUGGCUUCUAUUAGGAAUUUGAGAGCUUCUGCCUCAACAAUCACCUUUCAAGACGAGCAAACUGCCAAAUAUUUGUCUACUUCUCAACAAUUCAAGUUUCUCAACAAAGCUUGUAUUAUUGUUCCCAUUGAUUCGAACCAAAAUGCAAUGACGUGUAGCGUCAGUGAGCUUGAAGAAGCAAAGGCAAUUCUCAGAAUUCUUAUAAUAUGGGUUACAGUUGUUGUGUUCACCAUUGCGUUCUCACAAGAUGCCACCUUCUUCACCAAACAAGCAGCUACAUUGGACAGAUCAAUCAUGUCGGGUUUCAUCAUUCCUGCCGCUUCACUGGAAGCACUUAUUUCUUUCACAAUCGUUAUCUUUAUCGUGGUCUAUGAUCUUUUGUUUGUUCCCAUUGCCAAAAAAGUUACAGGAAAUCCGUCUGGCAUAACGACAUUGCAAAGAAUAGGAACUGGGAUGGUCAUAUCUACUAUCUCUAUGGCGGUGGCUUCUCUGGUUGAGAAAAAACGUUUGAAAACCGCACUCGAUCAUGGACUGGUUGAUACACCUGAGAUGACAAUUCCAAUGAGGUUCUGGUGGUUGGUUCCUCAAUAUGUGUUGAAUGGUUUGGCUGAUGUUUUUACGGUGGUUGGGCUUCAAGAGCUGUGCUACGAUCAAGUUCCAAAGGAUUUGAAAAGUGUUGGGCCUGCCAUUUUUAUCAGUAUACUUGGUAUGGGAAACAUCUUAAGCAGCCUUUUGAUAUCGGUCAUCGAUACAGCAACUAAAGCCAAUGGGCAUCGCAGCUGGUUUUCUAACAAUCUUAACAAAGCACAUCUUGAUUACUUUUACCUCUUAUUGGCCGCCCUUAGUGUUUUUGGCUUCGUUGCCUUCCUUUUUGUUGCCAAAUCCCACGUUUAUAACAGCGAAAUGAAGGAAGAGUAUGGUGGACACGAGGGCUUCACCCAACUGUCCGUCUCUGCUUCUAAUAAAUUACGACGGGGAUGGAUGAGUUUCAUUUCAAAUUUCGAUUCCCAAUUCCCGUAUAUGGAUGAUUCGCUGAUCUUAAACGACGCUGCCCCGGACAACCGACGAUCACAGUCGGGAGGGUGGAGAGCGGCGGGGGUGAUAAUUGGGGUUGAAAUUGCGGAGCGGUUCGCAUUCUUCGGGAUAAGCACCAAUCUGGUAAGCUACUUGACGGUGGAGAUGGGACAGUCCAUGGCCGACGCGGCCCAGAAUGUAAAUCUGUGGGUUGGAACCGCUUCUUUGCUCCCACUGCUUGCCGCCUCUUUCGCCGAUUCCUUCCUCGGACGCUACCUUACAAUUAUCCUCGCCUCCGCUCUUUACAUCCUGGGACUUGGCCUGCUCACACUCUCAGCUAUACUUGCUUCACCAAGCAGUUUCCAGGGUUCUGGCUCUGCUGCCUCGGGAGCUUCAUCUCGGCCUGUUCUCCAUGUCUUGUUCUUCUUCACUUCUUUGUACUUGGUUGCAUUUGCACAAGGUGGUCACAAGCCUUGUCUUCAGGCAUUUGGUUGUGAUCAAUUUGAUGGAGAAGAUCCUCAAGAAUGCAUAGCCAAAUGCUCCUUCUUCAACUGGUGGUACUUUUCCACUACUCUUGGAUCCUUCAUUGCUCUCAUCAUUUUAAGCUAUAUUCAAGAUAAUCUCGGUUGGGGUCUGGGCUUCGGCAUUCCCUGCAUCUCCUCCUUAGUUGCCCUCCUCGUCUUCUUACUUGGAACUCACACUUAUCGGUUCGGUAAGAUAGCUAACGAUGAAGAGAAACCAUUCAUGAGAAUUGGUCGGGUUUUUUUCAAUGCGGCUCGAAACUGGAGAACAAAAUCUUCGGAGAUUGAUAUUUUAGAGGAAGGUCAAGACGCAAUGCUUUAUCAAAGAUCUGGACAAUUGAGGUUCCUUAACAAGGCUUUGGUUGCUCCAAUGGACUCCGAUGAAGAUGGGAAUACGUGUAACAUAGUCGAGGUUGAGGAAGCAAAGGGCAUCCUAAGGCUCAUCCCCAUUUGGAUAGCAAGUUUGAGUUAUGCCAUCGUUUUAUCACAAUGUUCAACCUUCUUCGUCAAGCAAGGUGCCACCAUGGACAGAUCAAUCACACCAAGCUUCAAAAUACCCGCUGCUACAAUCCAAUGCUUUGGCUGCAUUGCUGUUGUGUUCUUUGUUCCGAUCUAUGACCGACUUCUGGUUCCAAUAGCGAGAAUAUUCACCCUCAAACCCUCUGGAAUCUCAAUGCUCCAAAGAAUUGGAGUUGGGAUGUUCAUAUCCACUCUUUCAAUGGUGGUGGCCGCUCUUGUUGAAGUGAAAAGGCUAGCAGUCGCUCGAGCACAUGGGUUAACUCAAAACCCAAACUCUACAAUUCCUAUCACCAUCUGGUGGCUAACUCCUCAGCUCCUCCUCCUGGGAGUUUCGAGCGUUUUCACAAUGGUAGGUUUGCAGGAGUUCUUCUAUGACCAAGUUUCGAGCGAGGUAAAGAGUGUGGGACUUGCACUAUAUCUGAGCAUCUUUGGCGUCGGGAAUUUACUUAGCGGUAUUCUUGUAUCCGUCAUAGAAGAUGCAACUGGGGGAGACGAUGGAAGAGGUGGGUGGUUUGCUAACAACAUAAACACGGCGCAUCUUGAUUACUUCUAUUGGCUUCUUGCUGGCAUUGGUAAGGUAGGAUUACUUGCAUAUAUGUAUUUUGCUAACUCCUAUGUAUAUAAAUACAAUGUAGAAAGAUCAACGGUUUAAUCCUCAUCUCCAUCAAAACGUGGCUCCUAUAUUUUUUAACUCAAAAAUUAAUGAUCACAUGAACACAAAAAUAACCCUAAACUUAUCCUUUCAAGUA